AUGGCUACCAACGGCUUUCACGUCAGCUCGGAGCACCAGCAGGACAUGCGGGCCAUCUUUCCCGAGGCCCUCAGCACGCUGCAGGAGGCAGAUCCGGAGCUGGCCGAGAUAAUCAAGGACGAGCAAAGGCGGCAAUGGCUGGGCAUCGAGCUGAUCGCCAGCGAAAACUUCACCUCCGCGCCAGUGAUGGAGGCCCUGGGCUCCUGCCUCACCAACAAGUACAGCGAGGGCCAGCCUGGCGCGCGUUACUACGGCGGCAACGAGAACAUUGACAAGAUCGAGUACCUUUGCAAGGCGCGCGCCCUCAAGGCAUUCCACCUGGACCCCGCGGCCUGGGGCGUCAACGUGCAGCCCUACUCCGGCAGCCCCGCCAACUUUGCGGCCUACACGGCGCUGCUGCAGCCGUUUGACCGCAUCAUGGGGCUCGACCUGCCCAGCGGCGGCCACCUCACGCACGGCUACUACCAUGCCGGGAACGGCAAGAAGGUCAGCGCCACGUCCAUCUUCUUCCAGUCCUUCCCGUACAAGCUGGACCCUGCCACGGGCCUGGUGGACAUGGACAAGCUGGAGGAGCGCGCCACAGAGUACAGGCCCCGCCUCAUCAUCUGCGGCGGCAGCGCGUACAGCCGCGACUGGGACUAUGCGCGUUUCCGCCAGAUCGCGGACAAGGUGGGGGCCUACCUGCUGGUGGACAUGGCCCACAUCAGCGGCCUCGUGGCCGCCAAGCAGCUCAAGUCGCCCUUUGACUACGCGGACGUCGUCACCACCACCACACACAAGUCGCUGCGCGGCCCCCGCGCCGGCAUGAUCUUCUUCCGCAGGGGCCCCAAGCCCGCGGACCGCCUGGCCAAGGGCGAGGCCCCCGGCACCAAGUACGACUACGAGGAGAAGAUCGACUUUGCGGUGUUCCCCUCGCUCCAGGGUGGCCCCCACAACCACCAGAUUGGUGCCCUGGCGGUGGCCCUCAAGCACGCCUGCACUGACGAGUUCGUGGCCUACCAGAAGCAGGUUGUUGCCAACUGCCGUGCGCUGGCUGCGCGGCUGAUCCACCACGGGUUCCACCUGGUGACUGGCGGCACCGACAACCACCUCGUCCUCUGGGACCUGCGGCCACUCGGCAUCACCGGCGGCAAGGGGGGGGGGGAGCCGUGGGACGGGGGCGCCCCGGCUUGA